UUAGGCCAUCUUGACUUUCCUGAAGCGUGGUGGCUGGGUGUCUGUCAUAAAGGGAGCAAGUUCUCACUGUCUGGUUUGAGCUCAGGCAUGAGACUGGAUUUGUGAAAGCCUGCGUAGACUCCGAAGAUGUCUUUUUUCCUGUGACUUUGACUUUCUUCAUUGUCUUUGUGGGCUGUUGUUUCUAAGAAGACAUUGUCAUGACUCUGUUGGAACCUGAGAUGCUAAUGAUGGCUGUACAGUCAGUGCUCCAGUUAAAGCUCCAGCAGCGCCGGACCCGGGAAGAACUAGUGAGCCAGGGGAUCAUGCCACCUUUGAAAAGUCCUGCUGCGUUUCAUGAGCAGAGAAGGAGCCUGGAGCGGGCUCGGACCGAGGACUAUCUGAAGCGGAAGAUUCGCUCCCGGCCGGAGAGAUCAGAGUUGGUCAGGAUGCACAUUUUGGAAGAGACCUCGGCUGAGCCGUCCCUCCAGGCCAAGCAACUGAAGCUUAAGAGAGCCAGACUAGCUGAUGACCUCAAUGAGAAGAUUGCUCAGAGGCCUGGCCCCAUGGAGCUGGUGGAGAAGAACAUUCUCCCAGUGGAGUCCAGCCUGAAGGAAGCCAUCAUUGUGGGCCAGGUGAACUACCCGAAGGUCGCAGACAGCUCUUCCUUUGACGAGGACAGCAGUGAUGCCUUGUCCCCCGAGCAGCCUGCCAGCCAGGAGUCCCAGAGCUCAGUGCCAUCACCCCUGGAGGCCCGACUCAGUGAGCCACUGCCCAGUGCCACCUCCGUGUCCCCCACUCAGGUUCUCCCUCCACUCCCAGUGGGCGCAGAUUCUGGAGAAGCACCUUUCCUGGGGGAGCAGCCUCCUCUGCCUCCCCGGCCUCCCAGCCUCACCAACGGGACCGCUGUCCCCGCCGCCAAACCCGCCCCCGCGCUCAUUAAGCAAAGCCAACCCAAGUCUGCCAGCGAGAAGUCGCAGCGCAGCAAGAAGGCCAAGGAGCUGAAGCCCAAGGUGAAGAAGCUCAAGUACCACCAGUACAUCCCCCCCGACCAGAAGCAGGACAAGGGCGCACCUGCCAUGGACUCCUCCUAUGCCAAGAUCCUGCAGCAGCAGCAGCUCUUCCUGCAGCUGCAGAUCCUCAACCAGCAGCAGCAGCAGCAGCACUACAACUACCAGGCCAUCCUGCCUGCCCCUCCCAAACCUGCGGGUGAAGCUCUGGGAGGCAGCGUGCCCCCGCCUGCCCGUGCCCUCUCAAGCACCACUAGCAACUCCAGUUCGGGGACCCCAGGGCCUGGGGGACUGUCUCGUCAGAACAGCACCCCGCUGACUAGCAAGCCGGGAAACCUGCCAGCCAACCUGGACGACAUGAAGGUGGCAGAGCUGAAGCAGGAACUGAAGUUGAGGUCCCUGCCCGUCUCAGGCACCAAGACAGAGCUGAUCGAGCGCCUGCGCGCCUACCAAGACCAAGCUGCUGCCCCCAAGGCCCCCGCGCCCGCGCCCGCCCUGCCCACGGCCGGGGAGGUGGUGGUGGCCUUCCCCACGGCCCGGCUCGGCUCGGGGCCGGCGCUCGUGGCGGCAGGCCUGGCCCCUGCCGAGGUGGUGGUGGCUACGGUGAGCAGCAAUGGCGUGGUGAAGUUCGGCAGCACGGGCUCCACACCCCCGGUCUCUCCCACGCCCUCAGAGCGCUCGCUGCUCAGCACGGGCGACGAGAACUCCACGCCCGGAGACGCCUUCAGUGAGAUGGUGACGUCGCCCCUGACCCAGCUCACCCUGCAGGCCUCACCCCUGCAGAUCCUGGUGAAAGAGGAGGGGGCGCGCUGCACGCCCUGCUGCCUGAGCCCGGGCGCCAGGGCCGAGCUGGAGGGGCUGGACAAGGACCAGAUGCUGCAGGAGAAGGACAAGCAGAUCGAGGAGCUGACGCGCAUGCUGCGGCAGAAGCAGCAGCUGGUGGAGCUGCUGCGGCUGCAGCUGGAGCAGGAGAAACGCGCCCAGCAGCCCGCCUGCGCCCCGGCCCUGCCCGCCGCUCCUGUGAAGCAGGAGGGGGGCUUCCCCAGCUGCCCGCUGAGCCACCAGCCCCAGGGGGCCGCGCACCCCUUCGGCGCCAGCCUGGCAGCCCCCGCGGCCGGCCACGGAGACGGUCGCACUGUGGUGGUGAAGCAGGAGGCUCCGGGGCCCCCGCUGCUCCAGGGCCCCCAAGGGGGCGGUCUCCUCAGGGGAGUCACCUCUCCAGCCAUCCUCACCGACUCCUCGGGGACCCACCUCAUCCUCACUGUGACCAACAAGAGCGUAGACAGCCCCAGCCUGCCCGGCGGGAGCCCCUGCCAGCCUUCCACGCAGCCCUCGUCCCAGCCGGGCUCCCCGGCCCCCGGCCCAUCUGCCCAGAUGGACCUAGAGCCCCCUCCUCAGCCCCCCUUUGGAGCCCCCGCUUCCCUGCUGAAGAAGGAGCCCCCUGGCUAUGAGGAGGCCGUGACCCAGCAUCCCAAACACCAGGAGAACGGCUCCUCCAGCCAGCAGAUGGAUGACCUGUUCGACAUUCUGAUUCAGAGCGGAGAAAUUUCCGCAGAUUUCAAGGAGCCACCGUCGCUUCCAGGGAAGAAGCCACCCUCAGUAGCAAACUGUGGGUCCCCACUGACAGUGCAGCCCUCCCCUCCCACCAAGCUCCCCCAGGCUGCCCUGCCUCCGCCAGGCUCCCCUGCCCUCCCCGGGCGUCUGGAGGACUUCCUGGAGAGCAGCACAGGGUUGCCCCUGCUGACCAGCGGGCAUGAUGGGCCGGAGCCUCUCUCUCUCAUCGAUGACCUCCACAGCCAGAUGCUGAGCAGCUCUGCCAUCCUGGACCACCCCCCCUCUCCCAUGGACACCUCCGAUUUGCACUUUGCUGCUGAGCCCAGCAGCGGCCUGGGCCUGGACCUGGCCGACGGCCAUCUAGACAGCAUGGACUGGCUGGAGCUGUCCUCGGGCGGCCCUGUGCUCAGCCUGGCUCCCCUCAGCACCACAGCCCCCAGCCUCUUCUCCACGGACUUUCUCGACGGGCACGACUUGCAGCUGCACUGGGAUUCCUGCUUGUAGCCCCGACUCCAGCUGGCGCCCGUGUGGCUGUGAGCGUUGACAAUCACAGCCCCUGCUCCUCCCGUCCGGCGAGGCGGAGAGGAGGGCAGAGGGCAGAAACUGCCCAGGGGCACCUGUCGCCCCAGCGGGGUGUGGCCAGAGCCAGCUUAAUUCGACCUCCUUUUCUGAGGUCAGAGGUGCACAGCUGGCUGCAGCGCGGCAGAGGCAGGGUCAGGGCCAGCUCCCCUCCCUCUUUCCCUCCCUCCUUCCCUCCCCUGAGCUGCGAGGGGAGGACAUGGGCCCUGACUCUGCCUCCCACGGCUUCCCGAGAGGGAGCGCCCGCCAUUGUAGUGUCUUGGUGUAGAGUGACCAUUUAGCGGUUGGUGGCAAAGGACUUGUGUACAGGUGUAUAUACCUCUCUACUACACACAACACCUACGCACGCUCCCUCCCGCUGCGGCUACCCAGGCCCAGCUCACAUGUGCUUGAUGUGCCCACACCCCCCCACGGCCCGUGCCUCGCCUGCCCCUUAGUGCCCCAAGGGCAGAGGUGCUCCCCCCCCCCCCACAUUCCAUCCCACCGCUUCACCGCAGCCGGCGUGACCCUGGGCAGGGGGCCUUGGCGCGAGGGCACAGGGCAGUCGCCAGGGCGCGCCAAAACCAGGGCUGGGGCCAAGGUGAGGACGCUGUGUGAACGUUCUGAAAUAAAAAACCCAAACACCAA